AUGACAAAGACACCGCCCCCUGCGGUGCCUCGCUGUGGGCGGGGCCUCUCGGACCGGAAGCAGACGCGGAAGCGCUUCCGGGUCGCGCCGGAAGCCGGAAGUCGCCGCCGGGGGAGCGCGGGCGGCGAGCGACCCCCGGGAUGUCAGCCCCAGGCCCCGGGCCCCCGGCGGCGACAGCAGCAGGAGGAGGAGGAGGAGGAGGAGGAAGGGGGCAGGGACCCCAGGGACCCCCAGCCCCGGGCCGAGGGCUCCGUCUAUAAGGUUGGCUCCAGACACUGUGGUCACUGCCUGAUCACGUUCCCCGACGCCGCCUUCGCCGCCCGCCACGCCAAGCGGCAGCACCCGCGGGACUUCGCGGCGGCCGCGCUGCGCGGGGCCCUCUUCGUCUGCUUCGUCUGCGCCCGCCCCUUCGGCUCCUCCCCCGCCCUGCUGCGCCACCAGCGGGGACACGCCCCCCACCGGGACACGCCCAAAGGACACGCCCCCCGUCCGGCCACGCCCCCACCUGGCCUGGCAUGCACCGAGUGCGGCCGCGCCUUCGCCAGGGAGGGGGCUCUGCACCGGCACUACAUCCGGCACGCCCGGGGGGAGCUCUGAGGGGAGGGGGCUCUGAG